CUGCAACUUCUGCUAGGUUCCUGAAUUUAAACAGCACCUCGCUACAAAGGGAGGGGUCGUGUGGGAGCUCCAGGUCCCGGUGCGCACCCCCUGAGCUGGUUUCUCCCUCUCUUGCUCUAGCCAUGGAAGGGAUGGAGGACGCUGAGGCGGAUUGCUCGGUUGCAUUCGCAGAGGCACAGAGAUGGGUGGAGGCUGUAACUGAGAAGAAUUUUGAAACAAAGGAUUUCCGAGCCUCUCUAGAAAAUGGUGUUCUGCUGUGUGAUUUGAUUAAUAAGCUCAAACCUGGCAUCGUUAAGAAGAUCAAUAGACUGUCUACACCAAUAGCAGGUUUGGAUAAUAUAAACGUUUUUUUGAAAGCUUGUGAACAGAUUGGAUUGAAAGAAGCCCAGCUUUUUCAUCCCGGGGAUCUACAGGAUUUAUCAAAUCGAGUUACUGUCAAACAAGAAGAGACUGACAGGAGACUGAAAAAUGUUUUGAUAACUUUGUACUGGCUGGGAAGAAAAGCACAAAAUAGCCCCUACUAUAAUGGUCCAUACCUCAAUCUGAAAGCCUUUGAGACUCUUUUAGGCCAAGCUUUGACUAAGGCCCUUGAAGACUCUAGCGGCCUGAAGAGAAGUGGCCGUGACAGUGGCUACGGUGACAUCUGGUGUCCUGACAGAGGAGAGUUUCCUGCUCCACAGGGGAGCCAUAGGAGAGAAGACUCCUUUGAAAGCUUGGACUCUUUAGGGUCUAGAUCGCUGACCAGCUGGUCCUCCGAUCUCACUCUUAGAGGUGGGAAGGAAGGUUGUGAAAGUGACACAGACUGGGAAUUUACAUUCAAGAUGCAGGACUGUAACAAAGAUGAUAUGUCCUACCGAAGGAUUUCAGCGAUUGAGCCCAAGUCGGCUCUACCGUUCAAUCGAUUCUUGCCUAACAAAAGUAAACAGCCAUCCUAUGUGCCGGCACCUUUGAGGAAGAAAAGGCCAGACAAACAUGAGGAUAACAGAAGAAGCUGGGCAAGCCCUGUCUACACAGAAGCAGAUGGAACAUUCUCAAGUAACCAGAGGAGAACCUGGGGUCCCAAGAUGGAGAAGUGGCACACAGUCCAAGGAACUUCCACCUCCUCUUGGUAUUUAGAAGAGGAAGAAGAAAAAAUAACGCGCAUGCCCAACAUUGUGAAGGAUGACCUGUAUGUGCGGAAGCUAAGUCCAGUCAUGCCGAGCCCAGGGAGUUCUUUCGAUCAGUUCCUUCCCAAAUGUUGGACCCCAGAAGAUCUGAACUGGAAAAAAGUAAAAAGAGAGACAUAUAAGCCAUGGUAUAAGGAAUUUCAGGGCUUCAGUCAGUUUUUAUUGCUUCAGGCCCUCCAAACGUACUCUGAUGACAUCUUGUCUUCGGAAACAAAUGUUAAAAUUGAUCCCACCUCUGGCCCAAGGCUCAUAACUCGCAGAAAGAAUCUCUCUCAGGCACCAGGCUAUGGAGCCCACGACUUUGAGCUGCCAGCGCUGGAUCCUGAUUUAGAAAAUGAUGAUUUCUUUGUCAGAAAAACAGGGGCUUUCCAUGCGAAUCCAUGUGUUCUUCGAGCCUUUGAAGACUUGAGAAGGUUCUCUGAGCCGGACAAUGCUGUUGAACGUGAUAUAAUUUUGCAAUGUCGGGAAGGUGAACUUGUCCUUCCAGAUUUAGAAAAGGACGAUAUGGUUGUUCGCCGGAUCCCAGCCCAGAAGAAAGAAGUGCCCUUGUCUGGUGCCCCAGAUAGAUACCAGCCUGUCCCUUUCCCUGAACCCUGGACCCUGCCUCCGGAAAUCCAAGCAAAAUUUCUCUGUGCGCUCGAAAGGACGUGCCCACCCAAAGAGAAAAGCAGUAGCUGUAGAGUGUUAGUUCCAUCCUAUCGACAGAAGAAGGACGACAUGUUGACUCGCAAGAUCCAGUCUUGGAAGCUGGGCACUGCUAUGCCUCCCCUCAGCUUCAAGCCCGGCCCCUGCAGCGAGGCCGACCUGCAGAAGUGGAGGGCCAUCCGGGAGGCCAGCAGACUUAGGCACAGGAAGCGGCUGAUGGUUGAGAGACUCUUUCAAAAGAUUUAUGGUGAGAAUGGGAGCAAGUCUAUGAGCGAUGUAACUGCAGAGGAUGUGCAGAGCGUGCGUCAGCUGCGGUACGAGGAGAUGCAGAAAAUGAAAUCCCAGUUGAAAGAACAAGAUCAGAAAUGGCAGGAUGACCUUGCAAAAUGGAAAGAUCGUCGGAAGAGUUAUACCUCAGAUCUGCAGAAGAAAAAGGAAGAGAGGGAAGAAAUUGAAAAGCAGGCUCUUGAGAAGUCCGACCGAAGCUCCAAGACCUUUAGGGAAAUGCUUCAGGACAGGGAAUCUCGGAAUCAGAGUUCUACAAUCACAUCUCGGAGGAGGAUCUAUUCCUCCGAAGAUGUCCUGGAUGGUGACGUGCUCCCUCCUACACUGACUCUGUCAGAAACCCGUUACCAGAUUGAGAGGCUGGAAGACCCAGCAACAGCUUAUCCUGCUGAGACACCCAAAGAAGAUUCCACAACAUUUGCAAAUAGACAGGACAGUGUGGCAGCUGAGAUUCAGCUCCCUUCUUCUGUUCCUCAAGAGCAGUGGCUGGACCCUUCGCCUUCUGCAGAAGCGCCCCAGGCUUCUUUGCCUUCUGCAGAAACGCCCCAGGCCACUUUGCCUUCUGCAGAACUGCCCCAGGCCACUUUGCCUUCUGCAGAACUGCCCCAGGCCACUUUGCCUUCUGCAGAACUGCCCCAGGCCACUUUGCCUUCUGCAGAACUAUCCCAGGCCUCUUUAUCUUCUGCAGCCCAGCGCCCAGCCUCUCUUUCUUUUCAGCCGUCACUGAGUACAAGAGUAGAGGCGACUCGGAUUUCAGCCUCUCUCCCUAGAAGUUACCAGAAAACCGAUACAGCCAGGUUAACAUCUGUGGUCACAGCGAGACCAUUUGGCUCAUCGUCAAGGGGAAUCUCAUCACUGCCCAGAUCCUACACGAUGGAUGCUGGCUGGAAGCCUAACGGAGAUGUUGACGUCGUCAAGAGAGAGCAGCACAAUUUGGUCAGAGCCGCUGGCCCGAAGCCUGACUCCAGCUACUCUGUUUUGGGCUCGUCCAGCGAAAAGGAGGUAGCCACAGGAGAAGAUGUGGCCAGCUUGUCCUCGCCCACACUCCCUUCCUCAUCUCUCUCCCAAGACCAGGUGGCCUCUUCGAGAGCCAUCUUCUCCUCCAUGUCUGGCCUGGAUUCAGUGUCUGACUCUGGAGAAGGGAGCCGCUCACCGCUGAGGGAGGUGUCAAGGUCUCAGGAUCAGUUCAGCGAUAUGAGAAUCAGCAUAAACCAGACGCCUGGGAGCAAACUUGUCUUUGGGUUUACAGUAAAAUUUGAUUUUUCUGGGAUCUUCGUAGCAUCAGUGGAAAAAGGUAGCCCAGCAGAAUUUUCUCAGCUGCAGGUAGAUGAUGAAAUUCUUGCCAUCAAUAACACCAAGUUUUCAUAUAAGGAUACAAAAAAGUGGGAGGAAGCCAUGGCAAAUGCCCAAGAAACUGGAAACUUGGUGAUGGAUGUCAGGCGCCAUGGAAAGUCAGGUUCACCAGAAACAAAGUGGACUGAUACAACGUCAGGAAUUUACAACACAGACAAGUCUUCAAGUCUAUCGGUAACAACUGAUUUCUCUGAAAGCCUUCAGAGCCCUUAUACUGAAUCCAAAGCAAUCAAUGGAAUUCAUGAGGAAAGCAACACCUUUGAUUCAAAAGCCUCAGAAUCCAUUUCUUUGAGAAAUUUAAAAAGGCGAUCACAAUUUUUUGAACAAGGAAGCCCGGAUUCCGUGGUUCCCGAUCUUCCGGUUCCAACCCUCAAUGCCCCGAGUCGCUGGGCAUGGGAUCAAGAGGAGGAGAGGAGACGGCAGGAGCGGUGGCAGAAGGAACAGGAUCGUCUGCUGCAGGAAAAAUACCAACGUGAGCAGGAGAAGCUGAGGGAAGAGUGGCAGAGGGCUCAGCAAGAGGCGGAAAGAGAGAAUUCCAAGUACUUGGAUGAGGAGCUGAUGGUCCUAAACUCCAACAGCAUCUCUCUGACUUCCCGGGAGCCUGUGGCCGCCACCUGGGAACCCACCUGGAGUGAGGGGUCCAAGUCUUCAGACAGGGAAGGCACCCGAGCAGGGGAGGAGGACAGGGAGCACCAGGAAGACGAUGCUGCUGGUGAGGACCAAAGUCAGAAGCUGCAGGAACAGCGCAUGCUUGAGCAGGAGAAAAAACGGAAGGAGCAAGAGGCUCAGGAAGAGGAGGAGUUCCGGAAGCGGCGGGAAGCUGAGGCCCAGGCCCGGGCCCAGGAGGAGGCGGAAGCCAAGGCACGGGCAGAGGCCCAGGCCCGAGCUGAGGCUGAGGCGCAAAAACGAGCUGAAGCACAGAAGCUCCAGGCAGAGAGGGAGCGAGAAACUUCCGUCAAAAUAUACCAGUACCGGAGGCCCAUUGAUUCCUACGAUCUACCAAAGAGAGAGGAAGACUCUUCAGGGUGGCUUCCUGCUGACAGGAGUAAAUCAAAAUCUACUACAGAACUAAACGAUCCCUCUAUAGAGAAAAAUGGAAGCAGCAAAUACUCAGACCGAAUUGGGACCACUAGCUUUUCACAGAGGAGCACCAAGAAGGAUCAAGCCCCCUCAGGAGCGGAGUUAGAGAGACAGCAAAUCCUUCAGGAAAUGAGAAAGAGGACAUCUCUCCACAAUGACAACAGCUGGAUCCGACAGCGCAGUGCCAGUGUAAACAAAGAGCCCAUCUGCCUGCCUGGGGUCAUGAGAAGAGGGGAGUCUCUGGACAAUCUGGACUCCCAGAGGCCUGGCUCUUGGAGGCAGUCCCCUUGGCACAGCCAGCCUGCGGGAGUCUAUGCCUCCUCCUCUGUCCAAGACUUCAGUCGACCGCCGCCACAGCUGUUGUCGACAUCAAACCGUGCCUACAUGCGGAACCCAUCAUCUGCUGUGCCGCGUCCAGCUGGUUCAGUGAAGACCAUCAUCCCAGGCCCUGCCACCCCAGGGUCUGCCUCCCCACGCAGCCAGUCCCCUUCGAUGUCACAGCCAGGCUCGCUGCUACGUAACAGGUCAGUGAGUGGGAAGCGCGUGUGCUCCUACUGUAAUGCCAUUCUGGGCAAAGGAGCCGCCAUGAUCAUCGAGACCCUGGGUCUUUGUUAUCAUUUACAUUGUUUUAAGUGUGUCUCCUGUGAGCGUGACCUCGGAGGCUCCUCCUCAGGAGCAGAAGUCAGAAUCCGAAACCACCAACUGUACUGCAAUGACUGCUAUCUCCGAUUCAAAUCUGGACGGCCAACUGCCAUGUGAUGUAAGCCUCCAUUUGAAAGCACUGAUGCAGAUAGAAGAAGAGGUGGUGGCCAUUGAUGGACAACUAUAAAUACACAUUGUCUGUUCUUUCCCUCCUU